AUGAGUCGCUUGAACGUGGAUACAGGAGGAAAUCACGAGAGGUAUUCGUUUAUGGAAACACCACUCGAAAUGCACCCGUCAUCGCACCAACAGGGUCUAUCAGCACUUCCUCUAGCGGGCGCGAAUGUGCACCCACAGCAUCCUGCAGUGGAAGAACCACCGAAAGAGCGACAGCGAGCAUGGUCUUAUGCACCGAGUGAGAAAGAACAAUUUCAGCAUCAGGGGAUAAUCCCGGACUAUGCCAAUUGUCCGCCCCUCGAGCAGCACCCGGCCAAUUAUGCGCCUUUGGUCCAAAGCCAGGAGCAGCAGCAGCAGCAACAUGGCACUUCAAUGUCUCCUCAGACGUCUACAAUCGCGCCCGAGCACCAACAACACCAUACCCAAUCUUAUACCAGCCAGUCUUUUACAAACAUAGCCGAACAGCAGAGUCACACGGUUUCUCCCCAGGAAUAUGCGAGUCAAUCGUAUGCAAAUAUACCAGAGCAACAGCAGCACCAAUGGCACCAACAGAUUGGCAUGACCAUAUCUCCUCAGUAUGCGAACAUACCCGAACGACAGCAGAACAGCACCCCGAUGUCUCCCCACUCAUAUGCGAGUCAUCCAUAUGCGACGCAGUCAUACCACAUCCCGAAUCAACAGCGCGAAAUACCCUCCCAGAAAUAUGCCUCGUAUACCGAAACCCCCAGCUCGCCACCCCCGAACUCACCAGGGCCACUGCCCCUGAAAGUAAGCCCCGAAGGUCCACCACGAAGCGAAAGCGUGCCCAUUGUUCCCGACGAGAAUCCCCUACAGUCACCCAUAUCGCCCUAUUUUCCUCCGAUUACUAGACCGAGAACAUCGCAUGCUCCCCAGCCGGAUGAUCUGAGCUCAUACCACCAGCCCGGCCAAACAACCCAUCCAAACCAGGAGAUAAAGGGCGGAGGAUGGAGCAACGGACUGUGCGAAUUUUCGAAUUUCGGAAUCUGCUGUCUAGGACUGCUAUGUCCGUGCAUUUUGUAUGGGAGAACGCAACACCGACUCUCGAUGAAAUCGAGAAAGGAAGACCCGACCAACAUGCUCGGCUAUGAGACCUGCAACGGGUCGUGCACGGCGAUGGGACUACUAUGCGGAUGUCAAUGGUUACUGGCCACGGUCCAACACACUAGAACGAGAAAGGCAUAUGGCAUUCAGGGUAGUAUCGCAUCGGACUGCGUGCGGGCAACCUGUUGUACAUGCUGCACAUUGAUUCAGGACGAGAAGGAGAUCCAGAAGCGCGAGGAGUAUCGCUCGCGAGCGGCUAGGGAACGGGGGGCGACUCUGCUCUCGCCGUAUACUACUCCCGGGCCAAUGUCGUAUGGCCCGCCACGGAGAUAA